UAAUAAGAAGAAAAGAAAAGAAAAGAAAAGGAAAAAAGAGAGAGACAAAUUAGCGCUUCCACCACCCAAGCCGCCACACCCCUCCCUCUCUCACGUGUUCCUCCUCCGGCCAACGAUUCAGCGUUUUUCGACGAGAUUUUCGAGCAGAUCCGGCGACUCCCUUGCAGUGGUGCGGCGCUCUUCAAGCAACAUYGGCGGCCACCCUCCUCCACGAACGACCGACGAAGACCUUCGGCAGCGGCUCAGCGAACGGUCGAUUGCGGCAAUUCUCCUCUACCCUCGACGGCGCGCCAUUUCAGAGUUGCUGGAUAUGACAUACAAAGAGUGGUUGAUCAUGCUAAUAAUCUUGCUUAUAAAUUCGUAGUAACUUGACCAACUCAAUGAAAGCCCUUAGAGUAAGCAUAUACUGACAGGUGUUCGUACAAUCUUUGUAUGAUUAUUCUGCCGAUGGACAAUCAAGUGGAAAGGUAAUGCAUGUUGGAGUUAGUGCUUCCGAAAGGCUCCUUAAAUACAACCGCUUGCUCUCACACCUCAAAUCCUCUAAUCUCUACUUCGACGCUCUGCAACUCUUCACUCAAAUCCAUUCAUCGCUCUGCUUCAGGCCUGACCACUACAAUCUCUCCACCGCCCUCGCCGUCUGUGCCAACGUUCGCGACAUUGCCUUCGGCUCUCAACUCCAUGCUCACGCUGUCCGCUCAGGGCUCAAAUCCUUCCCUCAUGUCGCCAAUACCAUCCUUUCACUCUAUGCAAAAGUGGGGGAUUUUGAAUCUCUGAAGACGGGUUUUCAAGAGAUCGAGAUCCCAGAUGUCUACUCCUGGACUACCCUUUUGUCAGCUUGUACGAAAUUGGGACAUGUUGGAUAUGCACAUGAGGUGUUUGAUGUAAUGCCGAAGAGUAAUGUUGCCUGUUGGAAUGCUGUAAUAACUGGUUGUGCAGAGAGUGGACACCAUGGGGUUGCCAUUAACAUGUUUCGCGAAAUGUACAGAAUGUGUGUUAAGCCUGAUAAUUACUCCUUCGCUUGCAUCUUGAGUUUGUGUACUAAGGAGAUUGAAGAUUUGGGAAGACUGGUUCAUUCUCUGGUGAUUAAAUCCGGGUUCAUUAGCAGAGCUUCUGUGAUUAACGCUUUGAUUACUAUGUAUUUCAGCACCGAGAAUCUCGGGGAUGCUUAUGAGGUUUUUGAGGGAACUGAAGCUGAGGUCCAUGAUCAAAUUACUUAUAAUGUGAUGAUAGAUGGCUUGGUCGGCGUCGGAAGGGAAGAAGAGGCCUUGAUUAUGUUCAGGGAUAUGCUACGGGCAUGUCUCGAUCCUACCGAGCUCACACUGGUGAGCGUUAUGAGCUCAUGUUCAUUUAUACGAGUUGCCCAACAGGUGCACUCCCAAGCAAUUAAGUUGGGUUUUGAAUCUUUUACUUCGGUCGGAAAUUCGGCCAUAGCCAUGUAUUCUUCUUGUGGGGAGUUCCAGGCAGCCAAUGCAGUUUUCGAGGCACUGGAGAAGAAGGAUAUCGUAUCAUGGAACGCCAUGAUCUCAAGCUAUGUUCGGGGGAAUUUUAGCAAAUCAGCAGUUCUUUCUUUCCUGCAAAUGCAGAGGACUGGGAUUCGGCCAGAUGAGUUUACUUUUGGAAGUUUAUUAGGAGUUUCAGAGUUCAUUGAGAUAGUCGAGAUGGUUAACGCCUUCGUCUUUAAAAGUGGGUUGAUCCUCAUGAUUGAAGUUCUAAACGCAUUAGUUUCUGCAUACUCGAAGUGUGGGAAGAUAACACAGGCUUAUCAAAUUUUCAAUGGAAUCAGUCCAAAAAAUUUGAUCUCUUGGAACACCAUCAUUUCUAGUUUUCUCCUAAAUGGGCAUCCGUUGCAAGGGUUGGAGCAUUUUUCAAUGCUUAUGACGUCGAAACUCGAGCCAAACGCAUUUACACUAAGCAUCGUCCUGAGCAUAUGUGCAAGCAUCUCAGCCUUUAACAUGGGCAAACAGAUUCAUGGUUACAUUCUCAGAUCGAGAAAGUUCUCAGAAACAUCUGUAUGUAAUGCGCUUAUCACAAUGUAUUCUAAAUGUGGGGUGUUGGAUUGGUCCUUGAGAGUUUUCAACGCCAUGAUCAAAAGGGACGUGGUGUCGUGGAAUUCUGUAGUAUCUGCUUAUGCGCAACAUGGGCAGGGGAAGGAAGCCGUGCGUUGUUUCAAGGCUAUGCAAGACAUGUCCCCAAUCAAGCCGGAUCAAGCCACAUUCACCGCUCUUCUUUCUGCUUGCAGCCAUGCGGGGCUGGUUGACGAAGCCAGUCGGAUUUUCAACACAAUGUUAACAGAUUAUAGCAUUGUUCCGAGUGUGGAUCAGUUAUCUUGCAUCGCUGACCUUCUAGGUCGAUCUGGGUAUGUUGAUCAGGCUGAAAGUGUAAUAGAAAGCGCACAAUUCGAAGCGCAUACCCAUGUUUGGUGGGCAUUGUUUAGUGCUUGUGCAGCUCAAGGAAACUUGAAGCUAGGAAGAACUAUCGCCGGAAUCCUUUUAGAGGAGGAGGGCAGCAAUCCAUCUGUGUAUGUGGUUCUGUCAAAUAUAUAUGCCACUGUUGGGCGUUGGCAAGAAUCUGCCAAUGUGAGGGAAUUGAUGAAAAAAACUGGUGUAACAAAACAGCCAGGCUACAGUUGGAUUGGAGGGCUAAAUUGAAAUCUGGGUUGGAUUAGAUGUAUUUAAUACAGUAAUUAAUGUCAAUUAUACUUCUUUUUUUUUUAAUCAAAAUCACUAUGAUAGAAUUGCUUAA